AUACCUAUCACAACUCGUAUUUGAUACAUACAUACAAGAAGGAGAUAACACAAAAAAAGAAGAAAAUAAUCUGUUAGCCAUGGCGAAAAUACUUAUGCUUCUCUCCGCAAUCUUUCUCCUGGUGUCUCCUCUGGUGAGUGGUUACAGAGGAAUGAUGGUUGGUGGAAGAACACAAGUGAGAGACGUGAAGAGUAACGAGGCGGUGCAGGAGUUGGGAAGGUUCUGCGUGAAGGAGUUCAACAAGCAGCAGCUCCGCCAGCAGCAUGGCGGUAGCAACGGAGGAGGAGGAGAGCUGCUGAUGUUUUCUGAGGUGGUAGCAGCAGAGACCCAGGUGGUUUCUGGAAUAAAAUACUAUCUGAAGAUUGCAGCAAGCAAUGGGAAAGGAGAGGCAAAGGUUUUCGAUUCAGUUGUGGUGGUGAAAGCCUGGAUUGAUGACAAACAGUUGAUUACGUUUGAGCCUGCUGCUGCUAAUGAAUUAAGGAAGUUUAAAAAGUAAAUUAAUUUCUUUUGUUUUAGGGUUUGGGUGUUUUUGAAUGAUUCUAAUAUGAAUUUUGGGCGGUGUUGUAUGUCUAUUUUGAGGGUUUUCUUUUUCUUUUUCUUUAUAAAUUUGUGUUAAAAUAUGUGUUGUUGGGGGUAUCUGUUACUGUCUAACCAUAUGUUUAUAUGUGUAGUGCUUCGUGCACAUAUAAUCUCUGAUCCAAUAAUCAAAAUAAAGGAAUAAAACUUUCAGAUUGUUAA